AUGGCAAACAUUUUGGUCAAGCUCUUACUAUGCGGUGAGUCGGAACUGUGCGAAGCGUAGUCAUUGUCUAUUUUGCAGCAGUUGUGUUCAUUGAUAAACGAUUUGGAUAUGAUCUAUUACCGGACAUUGGCGCUCCGGACUAUAGCUGUGCUGAAGAUUUGAUGAAGAAAAGCGAACAUGUUCCCGGGAAUGUGAACUCUGUACGGCUAGCUGAUAUAAAUGUUGUGAUGACCAUUGGGGACUCUUUGACGGUUACUCCCAACCAAUACUACAUGUCUAGUUACUUGUUCAGGCUGGGAACGGGGCUGGUGCUCUUACACCACUGGGUGUUUUCCUACAGUAUCGUGGGCUAUCAUUCCAAGCUGGUGGCGAUGCAAAUUUAGAGGAACAUAUAACUAUACCAAGUACACUGGCCAUCUCCAAACUUUUAAAACCACUUCUAUACAGAUAUUCUCAAGAAGUACAACCCGGACCUCUUUGGCUACUCGACUGGAAUCGGAGAUGAGCACAAUUACGAUGUAGCUCGACUGAACGUGGCAGUAGCCGGAGCUCUAGCCUCUGAACUUCCGCGUCAAGCAUUCCAUCUUGUGAACUUGUUAAGGCUGAAAAAUGAUGUUUGUUUGCAUUGUGGGAAUCAAAAUGUUGAGUCUAGUGUGAACUUUAUUUCAGAGCGUAAACUUCAACGAGGACUGGAAGCUACUAAACAUUUUUAUUGGGGGAAACGAUCUAUGCAGCUUUUGUACUAAUCCUGUUAGUAAAGCUCGAAAACCAAUCGGAAAUUUUCAGUGUAUUUCAGGAGAGGUCACCCCAAUACGCGUCAGUGUUCAUUGCAGAAGCUAUUCAAAUAAUUUAUGACAAUGUUCCCAGAGUAAUCGUCUCUCUAACUAAUGUUUUCCACUUGGAAAUUCUGAGAGAAACUGAUCGUGGCAGAUAUUUUUGCUCGGCACUUCAUAAGUUUGUUCUCUCUCGAAUUCUCGACACUUCUCAUUAGUUCUUUCAGAUUUCAAUGUCCCUGUGUCAGUGAUCUUUUCGUGAACAAGUCUGUUCUUGCCAAUGCAGUCAAUGAAUACAACUAUUAUGAAAUGCAAAUGCAAACUAGUGGACGGUUCGAGAAAGAUGAUUUCACUCUUGUUGUUCAACCAUUUCUAAGCAACACUACCGAACCAUCGAGAAUCGUUUGAAGUUCACAUCCCUAUUCAUUUUUUAGUUCUCUUUUUCAGAACGGUGAAUUCAACAAAGAGUUUUUCGCUCCUGAUUGCUUCCACUUCUCUCAAUGGGGUCAUGCUCUGAUAGCCAGCCAUUUAUGGAGUAAUAUCAUAGAGCCAGUUGGUUAUAAAUCUACAACAGUCAACUUGACCAUUCCGGCUUUACCAUUAUCUUGUCCAGAAAAGGUCUCUAUCCUUCACGCUCCUCCUUUCUACUAUUUCGUAAACAUUUCAGAACUGUCCGUUCUUCCGAACUCCUAAAAACAGCGUCGACUGCUCCGAAUACUUCACCGCUCCAGCAUCCUGA